AUGGCAGACUCCACACCCUCCAACGCCCCGGUAUCGGUAUUCAGCCAUGUUGAGCAAGUAUGGGCUACCAAGAUCACAACCUCCCAGCCCUACAGCAUCCUCAUCCCGACCAUCAAGCUCAUUUCUGCCACCUCGGAUGGCCGUGUCACUGGCCAGCUGGUCCUCGAAGACAAGCACGUCAACUCCCUGGGCGGCAUCCACGGCACCACAUCCGCCGCAAUAGUGGACUUCACCGCCGGCAUGGCCAUCGUCGCAAAGAGCGGCGGCCAGAAAACGGGUGUCUCGACCGACAUCCACAUCUCCUAUGUGGCGAGUGCCAAGGUCGGCGACGCGGUCGAGGUCGAGUGCUGGCUCAACAAGCUUGGCAGGAACUUGGCCUACACGAGCAUCGAGAUCAGGAAGGUCGUCAAGGAAGGGGACGACAAGAAAGUCUUGGUUACCGGUAGCCACACCAAGUACGUCGCGUGA